ACAGCCUCUAUGAUAUAGUCCUCUCACGAUGGGCAACAACUCACGACCCCCUCGGUCGAACCCAAAGCAGCCCGACCCAUCAUGGCCGCCCCAUGUGUCCACAAACACCCCCUGGCGCCUGGUCUGGUGCCCUGGAGGAGGCGGUGGUGGGGAAGGUCCAUCGAUCUGAAGAUGCAGCCGAGAUGUCCCUCUCCAGGCCCGCGCCCCAGCCCAGCGGGGACCCCCAAAACGAACGACGACGACUCACUUUUUUUUCUUUACCACGGCAGAACCUGACCCGGCCAUGGCCAAGAACCCGCACAGAGGACCCCUGGCAACGCAAGUUCAUGGGGCGCGGCAUGAAGACGUUGGACUCGGACUUGACGCGCGGCGAACGGACUUGUCUGCGUGCCAAGGGGAGGGCGAUGGGACGCUGGCGGCUUCGGCCUGAUGGGGGGGGGGGGGGGGGGUGGGUUGAGGUGGUGGGCUGGAAGGGAGGGAGAAAGCUUGGACGGGAUUCGUGCGGGUGCCGGAAAUAGAGUGGCGGAGAGGGGGGUAUGUACAGUUAACAGGUGCCCGAAAAUAGAGUGGGAGGAGAUGGUUGUGGUCGUGCCAGGACUCACAGGCGAAUCGCCCAGGCAUCCCAGGCAUCCCAGGCAUCUCACCCACGCCAUCCUCACGCGACUACUGCAGUAGUUGGACACCAAGACGGACUGAGCGGCGGAAGGGAAGUGGGAAAGGGGUUGGUGGACGGGCCUGUUUGGCACGGGGGGUACUUGCGCCCGUGUGUGGCUGUGUGUGCGGUGUGUGCGGUGUGUGUUUCUGUCGCCUGUAGGGACGAUGCAAAUCCCCCAAGCAGCCGCGCGCGACCAGAGAUUUAUUUGUCUCUCGCGAGCGCUUCGGUGGCAGGAUUGCGCGUGUCACGGGGUGGAUUACAGUCGCCUAACCGCCG